CUGAAAUCCUUGAAUAUAUCCGGUAAUCCAUUACACUGUGAUUGUGAAUUAUUGUCUUUCCUUCCGGAUGUACUUCGGUCCCUUUCAGUUGAUGCAUCUUGUUUCACGCCACCACGGCUUUUCGAUGAAAGUAUCUCGCAGCUGUCCGGAAGCUGCAAAACAAUGAACGAGUCACAGCUGAGUCUGCUUGUUGUUGGCGCUUCGUUGCUCGCAGUUACAGUGCUUCUUGUGCUAGGAAUCUGCAUUCGUCGAUAUCUACAUCCGUGUAGUAAAUUUUCCUCCACGAGCUACUGCAGCCCAACGAAGUGCCGCACACAGUUCUACAGCAGACCGUUCCUGAACUCUUCACCGAUAAAUGAUAAAUCUGACUUAUUGUCAGAGCAAACCUGUUAUACGACAGCAAAUCACAGCGCAUCAAAUGGUUUCUCGCGAAAUUUUGAUGUGUACGACGAAGAAGGUUACUACAGUAGCGUAACCUUUCCGGCACAGUACAGUGCUUACGAACGAGCUCGUCCUGUUCAUCCAACACCACCCCCCGCUGCGACAAUACCGCAGACGUUGCCAAAAAGCUGUGCGGAUGAUAAUUUUAGGAUUAUUUCGGAAUAUCCUGUGCCAAUUACAGAAUUGUGACU